AUGGAAACGGAAAAGCAGACGAUUACCUUCGGAGAACAUGUUUUUUGUGAAUUUCAGAACUCUUCUAUUAAAAACUGUGAAAAAUGUGACCGUUUUAAAAUCUAGAACGUAUUGUUUAGGUGGAACUAAUAAAAAAUGGAAGAUAAUGUUCUUUGGAACCGACGGUUUUGCGUUAAAAAGCCUCGAGGAACUACAUAAAGCCAUGCAGGAAGGACGCAUGGUAAGUGAAUUAUCUGUGGUAGUUCCGGCCCCCAAACCCCAUCCUUGUCUGGUUGCAAAAUAUGCAAUGAAACAUAACCUCCCAAUCUCAGUAUGGCCACUGCCUAAAGAGCAACCACCAAAAGACUGUUGGGAGUUAGGGGUCGUAGCUUCUUUUGGGCAUCUCAUUCCUAAACGAAUCAUCAAUAGUUUCCCACAAGGCAUGCUAAAUAUCCAUGCCAGUAUUUUGCCGAGAUGGAGAGGUGCAGCCCCAAUAGUGCACGCCAUUAUGAAUGGAGACGACGAGACAGGAGUAACAAUCAUGAGAAUUAAGCCCUACCAUUUCGAUGUGGGUGACAUUGUGCAGCAGCAGAGUGUCCCGAUUGACCCGAACAUUUCUGCCGUGCAAUUAACCGAUCGAUUAGCAGACAUGGGCGCUAAUUUACUUGUACGCUGCAUAUCCGAUCUUCAUUAUCAUCUAAAUCGAUGCACUCCACAGCCGUCUGAAGGUGUUACUUUAGCACCCAAAAUUGACGCCACCCUAUCUCACAUCGAUUGGAGUUCAAUGAAUGCUGCCCAAAUCUACAAUAGGUGGAGAGCGACUCGGCACCUGUUUAAACUACAGACUUUCUUCCACGGCAACAACGUCAAAUUGAACGACGUGGAACCACCCACGACAAAGCCACCCCCGAUGUUUACAGAUCUCGUCGAUCGGCCAGGCCGCAUCAUUGUCGAUCGCCAGCGAAACUUGCUGUUCGUCCGUUGCCAAGACUGGGUAGCCAUUCGCCAUGUAACCCUUCACCGGCGACCAGUCAUGAGCGCACUAGAUUUUUUCAACGGCUAUUUGCAAAAGAAAGCCAUAGAUCAGCAUUAUUUCGAUGUCCACUAAAGUGCGUAAGUCAUGUUCACUUUGUAUGCGUGUGCGUGUGCGUGUAGGUGCCUGUAUGUCAUGGGCAUCGUCGACAAAUAGAAAUAUUAUAUUAA